AUGUCUAAUCAGUAUAUAUAUAACAACUAUCAACAAUACUCCCCCAACAUUCCUCAUUCCUCCCUUGCCUCAAAUGGUAAUAACAACAAUAAUAACAAUAAUGGUAGUAAUGGUGGAUCUAUAAAUUCAAAUACUAGUCCAACCACUGCUAACCUUAGUUAUAUCUCACCUCCUGGAUCUUCAAAUAAUAGCUUAUUAUCAUCUUCAACCAAUUCAUCAACCUCAACUUCUGGAAGUUCAAUGGUUGGUGGUGGUCAACAACAACAAGCUUCCCAACAACAACAACAACACGUUGGACAACUUUCAUCCAAUUACUCCUUCCAUACUCCUCGUUUAAGAUAUUAUUUAUCAAAAUCAUUCGAUAUAGAAGAUGAUUUGGAAUUUUGUCCUGAAAUUCUGGAAUCAAAUUAUUUGAAUACAAGUCCAACCAUUAAGAAAUUUAAUCCUUAUACUGCCACUGUUUUCUCUCCAUCUCAAGAAAAUCAUAAUCUCAAUCAACAACAACAGCAACAACAACAAGUUCAUAGUCAUAGUCAUACACCUGUGUUUAUUCCAACUUCAAAUUCAGCAAAUUCAACUGGGAAUCCAACAUCUCCAAGAAUUCAUACUCCAAGAAUUAGAAAACCUUUGGAAAUUGUUAAUCCUCAAACUAAAUUAAGAGUGGGUUCUCCUGCUAUUCAAAAUAAAUGA